AUGGAGAUAUUUUGGUGUCCUCCUCAAGCUUGGUGGGUGAAAUUAAAUGAGGAUGGAUGCUCUUUGGGAAAUUUGGGUAGGACUCGAGCUAGGGGUAUUAUUUGUGAUGAGCAGGACAUAGUUGUUUUCUCUUACAGGAAGUUCCUUGGAAGGAAGACAAAUUUUGAGGCUGUGUUUUUAGAACUUAUCUUUGGUUUGGAAUGGGCCAAAGAGCUUGACCUUUGGAAGGUAUGGGUGGAAUGCGACUUUGUUGCUGUUGCUUUCUUGGUGUCUUUGAAAGUGGUUCCAUGGUUUGUCCGACAAACAUGGUCUUCACUCCAAUUUUACCUUUCCUUUAUCGAGUGGACGGUGUCACUGUACAGAGAAGCUAAUCCAUUAGCAAACUUCCUAUCCAAAUCAACAUCUAGAUUAGAAGUUUCCUCUAAAAUGGUGGUCUUACCUCCCUCUAUGCAAGCUGAGCUGUUGCAUGAUGCUCAAAGGAGGCCUAAAUUCCAUGUUUCUCUUUAA